ACUGGUGAACGCCGAUGGAAACUCCGACAGCAUUGGUGUUCGCCAGCGGCGGGAGCUGGCACAUGAUUGGUGAACGCCGGCAGCUGCGCAUUAAACUUGAUGAAGCAGCUUCGGCGAGAGCUCGGCGGUAAAUGUGAACGAGGCCGUCAGGGCUGUUGUAACAGUCUGAAACCCUCGCCUCUGGCACUUGGCGAUCAAAGACACUGAAGCAAGCAAGGCAAUGGAAAUUCAUAUUUGCAGAAUCUGGCCACUGACAACACCGGACACUGUACACUAUCUGAAGAUAGGUUGGGAUGAAGACUUGGGAAAUGGCUUCACAAUAACUCUGUGCAAUGGAGAACAAGCAUGGAGUGGAAAUGUGUCAAGUGAUCAGAUAACAAUAGAAGCAAGUGAGGCUGAAAUGGACAGGGAAAAAUAUGUGGAAGAACUUCGAUGUGCACUGAUAUCACGGGAUGAAAAGACAAACCGUUACAGCUUUGACUUUAUAAAGGACAGCGAAAGAGAAGUUUUCCAUUUCUCAUAUGAGAAGGUCUCACAAGACAUCUCAUUUAGGCUUGGCUCUGUGGAAUUGAAAGAGGUCUCUAGCACAACAGACAUCAUCAAGGAACUCAUUGACAUAGUUCUCCAGAGCAAUACAGAGCUACGGAGCAGAAAUAACUCCCUGCAACAAGAAAACAAGAGAUUGUUGAGUGAGCGUAACAGCGGCUUGGAACAGCUGGAGGAAUAUGUAAAGGCUAAAGAAGGCCUGGAGCAAGACCUCUAUUCACGUUUCAUCUUGGUGCUUAAUGCAAAGAAAGCCAAGAUUAGACAAUUACAGGAACAUUUAAAACGUGUUCGUGAGCAGACAGAAGCCGGAAGUCAAAGCAGGAGUGCAGCUGCCACCAGUCAGGAAACUUUAUUAACUGAGGAAUGCAACACUGAUGAAGAACAUGGUAGCCAUUCCUCCACAAGUAGAAGCUUGGCUCAAACUUCCAAGUCAGUUACUGGUUGGUAUGGAACAGCUCUGCCUGUGACUGCAAGGAACUACAGAGAGUUAUGGAAAGAGCUCAGCAAUCACCCUCCCCUCCACAGACUCUGCCUGUGCUUCUUGCUGGGUUAGUCAAGCAGCCACCAAAUCUAAGACCCUACCCAUCCUGGACAUUUCUCUUCUCUCCCUCCCAUCAGGCAGAAGAUGAAAAGCCAUGUACCGCCAGGCUCAAGCACAGCUUCUUUCCCACUUUUAUAAGACUAUUAAAUGGUCCCCAGAAUGAUAAGUUGGACUCUUAACUUCACAAUUUACCUCACUAUAACCUUGCACCUUAUUGUCUAC